CACCUCACGACAGAGUAUUGACCUUGUGGACGUAUUUUCGCUCUCCGGUCCCAGCCUACAGUCCUCGGGUCGUCAUUGGCAUUUCUGGAUUCGUUUCCUUUCAUAUCUCUUACAUCUUCACCGUUGUGCAAGCUCUCGACGUCGGCAUCGCCAAGAUGGCGUCCGCCAUUCUGAACUCGACCAUCACAGGUCUGGGCUCGACCAACUUGACAUCGGCAGCUACUCUCACAACCGUCUUCGAGGAGGUCUCAAAGUACAAUGUCCACCUGAACGUCUUCGAGCGCCUCUGGGCCUCCUACUAUCUCUGGAUGCAAAAUGACACGAUCGCGACGGGCAUCUUGAGCUUCGUCAUGCACGAGAUCGUCUACUUCGGCCGGUCAUUCCCAUGGAUGGUCAUCGAUGCGAUCCCAUACUUCAACAAGUACAAGAUUCAGAACACCAAAAUUCCGACAUGGAAAGAGCAGUGGGAGUGCGCUGCGCUCGUCCUGCUCAGCCACUGCACGGUUGAGCUUCCCCAAAUCUGGCUGUUCCACCCGAUUGCGACCUACUUCGGCAUGGACUAUGGUGUUCCCUUCCCGUCAGCCUGGAAGAUGGCGAUGCAUAUCGCCAUCUUCUUCGUCAUCGAAGAUACAUGGCACUACUGGUUCCACCGGGCGCUGCACUACGGCCCGCUCUACAAAUCGAUCCACAAGCUGCAUCACACAUACAGCGCACCGUUUGGCCUCGCCGCCGAGUAUGCAUCACCGAUCGAGGUUAUGCUUCUGGGUAUCGGUGUUGUGGGCUCCCCCAUCCUCUGGGUCUCGCUCACGGGCGAGCUGCACCUUGUGACCAUGUACGUGUGGAUCCUCCUGCGUCUCUUCCAGGCUAUCGACGCGCACAGCGGCUACGACUUCCCGUGGAGCCUGCGCCACAUCCUGCCGUUCUGGGCUGGCGCGGAUCACCACGACCUCCACCACGAGCGCUUCAUUGGCAACUACUCGUCGAGCUUCAGGUGGUGGGACUACUUCCUCGACACCGAGGCGGGUGAGGCGGCCAGCAAGAAGCGCCGUGAGAGGAAGCUUGCAGAGAUCCGGGCUAAGAAGGCUCAGUAAAUGCGUUGCUGCCGUUGACGGUUGGGAGCGAUGGCUGUCAGGAUGCUGGCACUCCACGAGUGACGGACAAUCCUCCCGAGACAGCGGGUCUGCCGCAAGUCAGAUUGCCGCAUGGUGAUACAUAUCAGCGGGCUUCCACACGGGAAGGCGGAUUGAAGAGGGAGUACUACUUCCGAUGCAAAGUAGAUAUGAUGUCUGUGAUGAAACAUAAAAAAGACACGGGAUCCAGGAGGGCACUCACUGCGCAGGCAGAUGAUGUGGGACGACGCGGUCUGGCAGGCGUUGGCUGGGUCCAUUAAUCAUAAUACAUUACGCUCUGUAUAUAACGCGUUACUAUAGCCAGUCUUUAAUACAUGAUAGAAGAAACAACUUCAUUCGGUACAAUACAUAC